CUGCCGUUGGCUGACUUCCGGUGGUGCUGAAGCCGAGUUUCCGCGGGAUCAGGCCGGCCGGAUGGAACAAAAGUGGGACUUUUAAAAUGUUGCCCUGUAAGAAGAGAAGAACUACAGUGACAGAGUCCCCACAGCAUAAGGGCAGCCAGGAGGAAGAUGACUUGGACCUAGAGUCUGCUGUUAAACCAGAAUCUGACCAGGUUAAAGACUUGGGACAGACAGCGUCACUGUCCUGGGCUCCAAGCCAUGACAGAGGAGCUGGCCUCGAAGUACAGUCUAUGCAGGAUGCAGGAAAUCAGCUUGGUGUGGAGGAGCCAUCUUCCAGCUCUAGGGUGCCCACCCAGGACACAAAUCUAUCAAUUCUGGAAGCUGUGGAUGAGUCCUUCUCUCAGGGAAUCACUCUAUCUUCCUUGGAGCCUUCCCAGCCUCUUAAUAUACACAUCGCUAAAGGAAAACUCCAGGCCACUGGCUCAAGAAAAGGGAAGAAAAUUGCACUCAGGCCAGGGCCUGUUAUCCAAGAAGAAAGAGGUGAUCAUCCCUUCACAAAGGAGACUUUUUCAGGAGAGCCUAGUGAAGAAGUCAAGGAAGAAGGAGGGAAACCUCAGAUGCAUUCUGGAGGGGAGAUACCUUCACUGCCACCAGGCAGCCACCCAGCAAAACCAGGGGCCCAGCCUAGGAAAUCAUCCCAGCCAGGUGUCUGUGUCUCUUCUCAAGAAAAGCCGCCUAGGACUCUAGCUCACCAAGCUGAGGAAGAGAUGGAGGAUGGUGGACUCUUCAUUCCAGUGGAAGAGCAAAACAAUGAAGAAGGCGAGAAAAGACGCAAAAAGAAGAAGGGUACCAAGAGGAAACGGGAUGGAAGAGGUCAAGAAGAAGGGACUUUGGCUUAUGACCUGAAACUGGAUGACAUGCUUGACCGAACCUUAGAGGAUGGCGCCAAGCAGCACAACCUAACAGCGGUCAAUGUGCGAAACAUCCUUCACGAGGUAAUCACGAAUGAACACGUGGUAGCAAUGAUGAAGGCAGCCAUCAGUGAGACGGGAGAUACGCCAAUGUUUGAGCCUAAAAUGACGCGCUCCAAACUGAAGGAGGUGGUGGAGAAAGGAGUGGUAAUUCCAACAUGGAACAUUUCACCUAUUAAGAAGGCCAAUGAAAUUAAGCCUCCUCAGUUUGUGGACAUCCACCUCGAAGAAGAUGACUCCUCGGAUGAAGAGUACCACCCCGCGGAGGAGGAGGAGGACGAGACCGCUGAAGAGGAUUUUAAAGCAAUGCUUUACAAUUUUACAAAGUUUCCAAUGCUGAUGAAGAUAGUGACCUGAUCCCUACCCCAACUUUCAGGAGUUUAUUGGAAAGUGAUGUUGAAAGCACUGCUUCGUCUCCACGUGGGGCAAAGAAAUCCAGGUUGAGGCAGUCUUCUGAGAUGACUGAAACAGAC